AUGGUUUGCGAAAUCAAGGCUAGGAAUACUUCCUUUUCCUAUGAAAAAUCACAACUUGUGGUCCAAGGAUAUGGCCCUUUUGGAAUUACAGGCCUUCAGACAGACAAUACUCUCAAUAUAGGCAUUACAGAAUUUCUUGUUGCUGAGGACGCAGCAUUUGCUAAGGCAGAAAUCAAGAUAUGCCCUCAAAAGGUAAUAGACUUAGGAUCUAAGGACUUUAAUGGUUUAUGCAUCACCAUCCACGACAAGGACUUUGGGGUCUCCACUACUCAGAAGGGCUAA